CUCUGCAGAACAUUAAAUAGCGAAACGUUUAUUAGCCCUGAUUAUUCUGGGGUAGUUGGAGAAGGAUGAACUACAUUAUUUAGUGCUCUCUGAUUUUAGUCGAAAUUCAGUCAACAAUUUAAUGCAGUUAUUUUAUGCAUAUUAUCGGAGUUGCUAGACCAAGAAGGUGACCUUUACGAAAUAUAGGCCUUAUAACAGGUUUUCACCGGUAGCAUAAUUGAAUACAACCAACCUAAAGCUAAUCUGAACGGAACAUGGCUUACACUGCUCGCGAUUUACACGACGCAAUGCGUAAGCAGAGAUGGGAUGAAGUAUGGCGCAUUAUUCGAGCCAAACCAGAGCUUGUCAAUGAAAAAUCUGGAAGGAUGACGUCAUUAUAUUGGUUAGUGUCGUCCGACUACGCACCAGAAAGUCUUGUGUUGGAAUUUUUAAAGAUUGCAGCAAAAGAAGUUGUAGACGAUGUAAACAUGUUUGGUGACAGUAACCUUCAUCUAUUGGCUCUGUAUGGACGAGUAGAUGCACUGCGUCGUGCUUUAGAAAUUUCUACCACAUGCGUGAAUUACAAAAACCAGGCGGGAAAUACUCCACUUCACUACUUGAUGUCAGCGAACCACCCAUUCCUCGUUCACCGUGUUGUUGCAAAAGCACUAUUACAAGUCGGAGCCAAUAGCCAUAUAAAGAACAAGAGUGGUUCUACACCAGUUGACGAUUAUAAGGUGAAUGAGUGCCAGAAGUACGACUUUACAAAUAAAGAACAACAGAAAGAAGAGAUCUUGGAAAUAUUUCAAAUCUUAAUUCCACGGGAAAUACUAACUAGAGGCGAAGAAGCUGUAAGGGUUUAUAAUGUGGAGUUAGAAACAGGACGAGUCACAGUUAACCAUGCACGAUUAAUGAUUAAUGGGAAAGAGUCUGUAGGAAAAACAUCUUUCGUUAACACUCUUCUUGAUAAACCUUUUAAUCCAGAAGAAGACAUUACCGAUGCCUUUACGACUACAAUAGUGGGCAUUCAGGAUUCACAAUGGAAAGAGAUAGAACAUGGACGUAGUAAGGAAUUUAGAUUUAUAAGUGCCCAUAAGACCUGCCCUUUGCCAGAACACUGAUGAUGAAUAUAAAUUUCAAAUCAAAUUUGCUGCGUAGCACCGUAAAUAUAGAUAGAUAAUAAUAACAGUGCUCGAAAAGGAACAUGUAAUAAUCAUAUAAAGCAGCUCAUAAACGUAAAAAUUCCUUUAUUUCGGUUGUAUGAAAAAAGUGUCUCUGGUGGGAUGCGAACCUGCAACCUCUCGCUAUCAGGGAAAGUGUCAUACCCAUUAGACCAUGGAGACCUAUACCUAUAUAUAAAUACAUUUUGAACGUCAGAAUAGAGAAAUCUACGAGUGUGAAAAAAUAGGUGCCCCUACCGAGAUUCGAAACAGGAAUCUCUGCUGUUAUGCAGACGCCUAAACAAACUCGGCCAUUGAGGCUUUGUUGGAAAUUCCAAUCCGAUUAAAGCACUAAUUCUUCACACUGAGCUCAUGCGUAUUUGGACAGCUCUAGUCCUUGAUGCAUCAGUUGUUCAAUGGUAUUCGUUUUAUUAUUAGCGAGAGGCUGCAGGUUCAAAUCCCUCUAGAGACCUUUAUUGAAGGGCUAAUGCCUGAUACAAUUAUAACGCCUUAUGUUCCUAUUCAAGAAAUGUAGAAAUAAAAAUGAAUGAAUUAGAACGAAGUAAUUUAGAAUUAUUAUUAUAAUUAUUAUUAUUUAUUCAUUUGUUUAUAUUAUGUUCACUGUGCUACGCAGCGAACUUAAACUGAAUAAGUAUUACAGUAUUUAUUUUGAGUCCAAGCUGUGACCUCAGAAUUGGUAAUUCUUUAUCUUUUCUAGCUUAUCCAUAGCUUCACUAUGUGUAAGCGUUUCAGUCAGUUGUAUGACAGAAAGUAUCUAGGGGUUAGAUCUGCAAGUAUACCCGAUAGGUCUCCGUGGUCUAAUGUAUUUCAUAAAAUUAAAUAUAAUAUAAAAAAUAAUAAGAGUGUGAAAAAUUACAUGCUUUCUGGUGGAAAUCGAACUCUUAGAGAUUGCGGGUUCGGGACCUCUUUUUUCAACUAUAAUAAAGAAAAAUUUCGUUGAACUAUAUUUGAUACGAUUUUAUAACAUCAUGCGCCUAUAU